UUUUUUUUUUUUGUAAAUUUUGUCAUAAGUUUAUCAAAAUGACAAGAAAAUCAAAUUUUUUUGUUCGUGAUUGUGAAAAAAAUGUAAUGUGUGGGGUUUUAUCACUAAAAAUUCGUGCGAUUGUUCUCGCUCAUCGGUGAUUCAUUUAAUGACCCUUGAUAGUUGAAAAUGAGAUUAUUCGUGUGUAAUUUUAUCAAAACUAGUUCAAUUCAUCGUAUCUCGAAUAAUUCAUUUUCUUAUGCGAAGAAAUGUCAAGCUAAUUGCUAGAAGAAACUCUCGAAGGACUAAAACGCUUGCUUUUUUGUGCUAAAAUGGCCGAUGAGUUAGUCAUCAAUUUAACUCUCGAAGAGCUGCAGAUACUCUCCGAACUUGACAGCCGUCAGUACGGGUUUUUAAAGUUGAAUUCUCCAGAAAAUGCGAGCAAGAAAGAAUUGGUGCUCAAGGCAAUCAAGUAUUUGGAACGUAUGCUCGUACAAGCUCAAAAACAAAAACGAGAUGGCAUAUUUGUGGACAAACCGGAUGAUGACGAAAAUUUCGAUGCCGAUAAAGAAAUCAAUGUGGAUCCGAAAACGUACUGCAAAUUAGGACACUUUCAUUUGUUACUGGACGAUUACGAGAAAGCCAUGUCAUCUUAUCAGAAAUUCUAUAAAUUGAAAAGCGAUUAUUGGAAAGAUCCGCAUUUUCUUUAUGGGCAAGGAUUGGUUUACUUCCAUUACAAUGCGUUUCAAUGGGCUGUAAAAUCAUUUCGACAAGUAUUAUAUGUAGAACCGAGCUACGCCAGAGCGAACGAAAUACAUCUGAGGUUAGGUUUGAUGUUCAAAGUUAACAAUGAUUGGGACGCAUCGCUGAAACACCUGCAGUUGGCCUUAUUUGACUCGAGCCCCAGUACAUUUUCCAAGUUGGAAAUACGGUUUCAUAUCGCGCAUUUAUACGAAGUUCAAGGUAAAUACAAAAUAGCGAAAGACAGUUAUGAAAAUUUGCUGAAUGAAAAGGAAUUACCGAUUCAUUUGCGAGCUGAUAUAUGUCGCCAGUUAGGAUGGAUGUACCAUUGCGUUGACGUUUUAGGCGAUAAGAGUCAACGAGAGGGUAACGCUAUACAGUUUUUGCAGAAAUCUAUCGAAGCGGAUGCGAAAUCCGGCCAGUCGUUGUAUUUAUUGGGUAGAUGCUUCGCUAGCAUUGGUAAAGUUCACGAUGCUUUUAUAGCUUAUAGGAAUUCUGUCGAAAAGUCUGAAGGAAACGCGGAUACGUGGUGUUCGAUCGGGGUUCUUUAUCAACAGCAAAACCAGCCUAUGGAUGCUCUGCAAGCGUACAUUUGCGCUGUGCAAUUGGAUAAGAGCCAUAGUGCCGCUUGGACUAAUUUAGGUAUUUUGUAUGAAAGCUGUAAUCAGCCCAGAGACGCGUACGCGUGUUACGUAAACGCUACUCGCGGUUUGGAAGCCAACGGACCCGUCAGCGAAAUUUCGUUGAAAAUAUCCAUCACUCAGUCGUGUAUUCCGUCUUUGAACGCCAAUCUGGCUCAGCGAAUUAAAUUUCUGCAAAGUCACCUGUGUAACGCUCCGAUGCCUAGUAUUACCUCCAAACGUAGACAAUUGCCAUCCAUCGAGGAAGCGUGGAAUUUACCGAUAUCAGCCGAAAUGUCUUCUAGACAGCAGGAACAACAACAGCUACAAAUGAAACAGAAGCAAAAGCAACAACAUAAAUCCGGCUCUCAAAAGCAUGCCCAGGUUGGUCACAACGGCGAAUUGAUGAAUACUUCGGACGGAUCUGUAUCGUCGAUAGAUUCGAAUAAAACAAAUAGUAGCGGUAAUAACGGUAAUAAUAACCACAGCAAUAAUAGUAAUAACGCGACGACGCCUGCGUUCUAUCUCAGCGCUCAGCAAUUGAUGACGUUGCAAUUUUUGCAACAAAACGUGCGUACGUUAACGCCCACGCAACAGAACGCUUUGCAACAACUUCAAAAUCAGUACCGUUUGAUGCUACAACACCAACAACAGGUUAAGCAGCAGCAGCAAAUGCAGCAACCAAACGAACUCGGCAACGACGCCUCACCGAGUCAGAAUGCAGCGACGACAGAACCUGGUCACCAGUCGCAAAGCAAUCAUCCAAACGCUUCAGUUAUCAAGCAAUAUCCGCCGCAGAUCAACUCGAACGACUGCGACAUGAAAUUAGCUUCAACAGCCGAUCUGGGCGUUAGUGAUCAAGAAUUACAAGCCUUGUUAUCGCAAAAGGAUAUAGCCAAGUCGUUAGCCGAAGAUUUAUUGAAACACUUCGGAUCGCCGGGCGGAGUUGACGAUAUCGAUAUAAAGGAUGAACUUGUCGACAUUCCUUCGACUCAAACAGACAACGAUAGCAAUAAUAUUUGUUCGAGUACCUAUCCGCCAUCGAGUGUUGAACAGAAAAGCGGUUCAUCCAACGCUGCUGCGGACGUAUGUUACCAAUUCAAAGAUGACGCGUGUAUCAGGGCCGAACCGAGAGAUAUCGUUUCCAAGGAGCCUCCGAAAGAGGUGGAAUUUUCGAUCGACAUGACAGCUAAACAAAUGAUCGAAUCCUGCAAGGGUAAAGGUCUGAAUGGGGUAUCGAACUGCAGUAUACUAUACGACGAUAAGGGUCCGCCACCUUCGCCGCCGGAUCCUCCGCCUCAAACAUUAACUAAAGAACAACUAUUACCUCAGACUCCGUCGAUAUUCUUAGAUAAUAAAAAACAAGCGUUUAGUCCGCAGCUGCAAGAAUUCUGCUUGAAACAUCCGAUAGCGGUUGUUCGUGGCAUCGCCGCUGCUCUGAAAUUAGAUUUGGGAUUAUUCUCGACUAAAACUCUGGUCGAAGCGAAUCCCGAUCAUUUGAUCGAAGUGCGAACGCAAGUACAGCAAAGCGGCGACGAAAAUUGGGAUCAGUUACACGGUCGUAAAGGCUGGGCUUGUAUUAGCCAUCGAUCGCACACAACUAUAGCCAAAUAUGCUCAGUACCAAGCUUCUAGUUUUCAAGAUUCGUUGAAGGAGGAACGAGAGAAAAUUGGCGGCACGCACUCGUCCAAUACGCAAGUUAGCUCUAGUAAUUUAUCAGACUCGGAUUCCAAAGAUUCGACUGGCAAUGUGAAGAGAAAAAAAGGCGCUUCCAAUUUUAGCGUACCCGGUAUCAAACCGCCCCAAGGUUCGAAAAUGCUAAGGUUCGGUACGAACGUCGAUUUAUCUGACGACAAAAAGUGGCGUCCGCAGUUACAAGAAUUGAUGAAAUUGCCAGCUUUCGCUCGAGUCGUAUCGGCCAGCAAUAUGUUAUCUCACGUCGGACACAACAUUUUAGGAAUGAACACCGUUCAAUUAUACAUGAAGGUACCCGGUAGUCGGACGCCUGGUCAUCAGGAGAAUAAUAAUUUUUGUUCCAUCAAUAUUAACAUCGGCCCGGGCGAUUGCGAGUGGUUCGCCGUGCCAGAUGCGUAUUGGGGUGUCAUUUAUAAUCUAUGCGAAAAAAACAAUAUCAAUUAUCUACACGGAUCUUGGUGGCCGACUCUCGAGGAUUUAGCUGCUGCCAAUGUGCCGUUGUACAGAUUUUUGCAAAGACCCGGCGAUCUAGUGUGGGUGAAUUCGGGGUGUGUCCACUGGGUGCAAGCGGUAGGCUGGUGCAAUAACAUCGCGUGGAACGUCGGACCUAUCACAGCCCGACAGUAUCAAUUAGCUAUCGAACGAUACGAAUGGAAUAAAUUGCAAAGUUACAAGAGUAUAGUUCCUAUGGUACAUUUAUCUUGGAAUUUGGCUAGAAAUAUCAAAGUUUCCGAUUCCAAACUAUUCGAGCUUAUCAAAAAGUGCCUGUUGAGAUCUUUGAGAAAUUGCGUACUUAUGUUGGAGUUCGUGAAAUCUAAAGGAGUCCAAGUUCGGUUUCACGGAAGAGGUAAAAAUGAAGCUUCGCACUACUGCGGCCAAUGUGAGGUAGAGGUAUUCAACAUAUUAUUUAUUCGAGAACAAGAAAAACGUCACGUUGUGCAUUGCGUGGAUUGCGCUCGUAAGCAGGCGCCUGGAUUGGAAGGUUUCGUUUGUCUCGAAGAGUACAAAUUGACCGAAUUGAUCGAGGUUUACGACAGUUUCUGCCUUCAUCCCGGAAUCAAUGCCAAGUAUUCGUGAAGUUUCGUCUUCACGCUGCUAGUGGACGAUCGCGUGUGUUUGUAAUUAUUUCCCCGGCGCGGCCCCGUGGCCCGUAUGUCUAUGGUCUAUGUACAGUUUUAUUUCAGUUUUUACGAUUACUAGUAAAUAACCUUUUGACGGUGCGGUGUAAAAAGACAUAACAGCGAUAAUGGUGGCCGGUUGAGUUUCAUUUUUGUUUAUCGAUUUAUUUAUUUUUUGUAUUACCUACGUGUAAAUUGUUCGCCUUUCUCGAUCAAAAAUGUUGAACGAGAAUUCUCUCUCUCACAUGUUGUACAUAAAUGUAUUUAUUUGUAUUUGUACCGUGUACCGUGUAACGAUUUCGUCUCGUGUAACGAUCAUUUUACUUUUAUUACUUUUGUUUUAGCUAAUUGGUACGAUUUUAAGGAGAAUUUUAUCAUCAUGAUCCGUGUUCUCUUGUAUUUUCUGUUUUUGUUUGUUCGUUUGUUAUUUUAUUUUAUUUUUUAAUCCCUUUUUACGUUCAAUUUUAACGUGAAUUUUAUUUUUUGUGUAAUUUACGACGUGUAACUCGGUAAUUUGAUAUACAUAAUUUUUCUAUGUACCUAAAACAUAAAAUCAUGUGUCGAAGUUCUUGGGAAAAAAUGAGCCAGUUUGAAAAAUUAUUUAUGGGCAUUCAUUUUACGACCAAGAAUUUUAUACGUACGCGAACUGCCAUAAUUUCAAAGAUUUUUUUAACGCGUAUUUAAAAUUUUAGUAGAUGAAGUUUAGCCAAGCUUUGUACUUUUAUUUUAAUUAAUACUUUUUCACGUUCGUAGUGGACAUUGUAUGGACGUGAGGGGAAAUUGAGUAUAGAAUGCGUGUCAUUCGAACUGCCAUUAGAUUUAUUUAUUUUAUGUAUUCGUGUGUGUACGUGCAGUGUGUACUGUUUAGGUAAAGCAAUUUGUCAAUUCGUGAUUCAAUAUCAACGUAGGUAGUGUACUGUACACAUCUUCCUUUGAAGGAAAGAGUGAAUUAUGUUUUGAAAUUAAUGAACACCGGGUUUGUCGAAAAAAUCAACUCCGUUACCUAAAUUUAAGCUCGUAAGUAGAAUAAAAAGAAUUCAUGUGUGUGUUUUCCCCUUUAUGUCUCAGUAAUUUGAUCUUUUUACUCGUUUAUUAAAUGUAUAUCUUCUAUUGUU